GGCGCUGCCCUUCCCGCCGCGCUGAAACCCUUCCUGACCCGCAGGAGAGAGGCCAUGGCAGCCGUGUUCCUGCCCGGCAACCUGCAGGACGAGGCCACUUGCUCCGUGUGCCUGGAGUUCUUCAAGGACCCCGUGUCCAUCGAGUGCGGGCACAACUUCUGCCGGGCGUGCAUCGUCAAGAGCUGGAAGGAGCUGGAGAUGGAUUUCCCGUGCCCGCAGUGCCGGGAGGUUUUCCAGCACAGGAGUUUCCGCCCCAACCGGCAGCUGGCGAACAUGUCCGAGAUCAUCAGCCAGUUCGCGCAGCGCGGGGCCAAGGGCGCCGAGGAGGACGGGCAGUGCCCCAAGCACCGCGAGGCGCUCAAGCUCUACUGCAAGGACGACCGCAGGGCCAUCUGCGUGGUGUGCGACAGGUCCCGCGAGCACCGCCCGCACGCCGUGGUGCCCGUGGAUGAAGCUUCCGAGGAGUACAAGGAGAAGAUCCAGGCGCGCUUGGAUGCGCUGAGGAAAGAGCGCCAGGAGCUGCUGGAGUUCAAAGUGAGCGACGACCAGAAAACCCAGGAGCUGCUGAAAAGCAUCGAGGGCGAGCGGCAGAAGCUGCUCUCGGGCUGGGAGCGGCUGCGGCAGUUCCUGCAGGAGCAGGAGCGCCUCCUGCUGGCGCAGCUGGAGAAGAUGGAGCAGAGCCUGGCGCGGCGGCAGAGCGAGAACAUCACCGAGCUCUCCCGGCAGAUCGCGCUGCUCAACAAGCUCAUCGCCGAGCUGGAGGAGAAAGCGCAGCAGCCCACGCUGGAUUUCCUCAAGGAUGUGACGGGCAUCAUCAGCAGGAGUGAGGAGGUGAAGUGCCACCAGCCCGUCCCCGCCGGCGCCGACCUCAAGGCGCUCCUCUGCAACUUCUCCCUCAAAGCCCUGGGGCUGGAGAAGGUCCUGAAGAAAUUCCGAGAAAAACUGCAGGACGAGCUGGGAAGAGGCGAAAAAGCAGAGGACCUGACCCUGGACCCCGACUCCGCCAACCACCUGCUGAUCCUCUCCGCCGACCUCAAGAGCGUCCGCAUGGGCUGCAGGAAGCAGGAGCUGCCCGAGCACCCCAAGCGCUUCGACACCAACUCGCGGGUCCUGGCCAGCACCGGCUUCCAGUCGGGCCGGCACUACUGGGAGGUGGAGGUGGGGCCGGCGGACGGCUGGGCCUUCGGCGUGGCCAGGGAGUCGGUCCGCAGGAAGGGGCUGACCCAGUUCUCCCCCGAGGAGGGCAUCUGGGCCGUGCAGCAGAACGGGGGCCGCUACUGGGCCGUGACGUCGCCGCAGCGCACGCCGCUGAGCCUGGGCCGCAAGCUCAGCAGGGUCCGCGUCUGCCUGGACUACGAGGGCCAGGAGGUUUCCUUCUACGACGCUGAGGACAUGCAGCACAUCUUCACCUUCAACGUGGCCUUCCAGGAGAAGGUGUUCCCCCUGUUCUCCGUCUGUUCCACCGUCACCUACAUCAAGCUGUGCCCCUGAGGCGAGCGCCGGGGCCGGGACGAGUCUCGUCCUGCUCGUGCCCGUCUCCAGAAGGAGAACAAGGAUCUCCAGAACCCCUUUUCCCACUGAUUUCUGCCCCAUUUCGGUGCCCAGGAGCCCUCGAGCAGCACCGCUCCCAGCCCUCCCUCCCGGGCUCCUGGGUGAGACCAAAGACUCAAGCCAGGCUGGCCUGGGGGGAUCUGGGCUGAGGGGUGGCCAGGAGAGCCACAGGGAGGGUUUUCGGGGCAGCUGGGACGUCCAGCGGUGCCCAGAAAUUGUGGUGGCCAGCUUGAAGGAAGGUGGUGGUCACCAGCUUGGAGGCUGAGGUCACCAGCUCAAAGAUUACGGCCACCAACUCAAAGGUCAUGGCCACCAAUUCAAGGACUGUGGCCACCAACUCAAGGACUGUGGCCACCAACUUGAACCCACCCCUGGGAGGGGUGUCAGGCUCAGCCAGUCAGUGAGAAGGAACCUUCCAGAAGGCAUUUGUGGCUCCGGGUCUGACCGCAGAUGGGGUUUGAGAUCUGUGGGAAGCUUUGGAGCGGCUCCUCCGCCCCUUUGGAAGUGCCAGUUUUAGCUUUUUUUUUUCCUGGUUUUAGCUUUUUUCCUGGCUGGGAAAUGGAAUAUUUGUGGGAAAGGUGGGGUUGAGCAGGAAUCUGCGGACAUCCAUCCACAGCAAAGCUCCUCUGCUCGUCCACAGAGAACAAAUCCAGUCAGAAAUUUCCUGGUUCCCAAUUUCCCCCCACGCUGAGUUUGGGGUGUGGUGAGGGGGUCUGAGCUGCCUCGGGGGACCCCUGCCCACCAGCUGGAGGAGCCCGGGCGGCUUUGGCCGCUCUCUCCGGUCCCACAGCUCCCCUGGAAGACUCUGGAGAAGGUUGAAAGGUGCUUUUUUGGGUUUUUUUAGUGAUGUUUGUCCUGCUGGACCUGAGCAAGACCCUCGUUUGUCACUCGGGUGCUCCCGUGCUGAGGCUUUUCCGUGGACAGGAGAUCCCUCGUGGAUCUCCCGCUCUGCGCGGAUUUCGGUGCUGAAUCUUGCGUUCCCUCAGGUUCUCAGAAAAACCACCUGUUUGCCCUCAUUUUUUGGGUUUUUUUUUCCCUGGAAAUCCUUGGUCUCUGCCAAGAAGCCGACGCUGAGCUCGCGUUUGCCUCAUCCCCUCCGGUUUUGCCAAAAAAAAAAAGAAAAAAGAAAAAAAAAAGAAAAAAAAAAGCAGCUUUAAAAAAUAAUCAGCAUCUUGUUGCCUGAAGUGCUGGUGAAGGGAGGUUCUGGGGUUGGUCAAAUUUGGGGCCUUUUCCACAAAACACAUAAAUCCUUUUAUAAAUUACAUAAAUCCUUUUGGAAAUGACAUAAAUCCUUUUAUAAAUUACAUAAAUCCUUUUGGAAAUGACAUAAAUCCUUUUGGAAAUGACAUAAAUCAUUUUGGAAAUGACAUAAAUCUUUUGGAAAUGACAUAAAUCCUUCUGGAAAUGACAUAAAUCCUUUUGGAAAUGACAUAAUUCCUUUUGGAAAUGACAUAAAUCCUUUUGGAAAUGACAUAAUUCCUUUUGGAAAUGACAUAAAUCCUUCUGGAAAUGACUUGGGGCAAAGUGGGGUUAGCUUUAUUUGAUCCAGAACAACAUUUCCUGGGUGGUUUGAGAUGGGAAAAAGCAGAAGCACCCAAAUUUUCUGCUGUUGGGUUGGUUCCUACCCUGAGAUUCAAAUUUCUGUUGUCGAAACCAUGUUUGACUUGGUUUGGAACCACCUGGGUUGUUCUCAGCCCAAAUAAAACAUAAAGGUGCUACCUGGGCUCGUCUUCACACAUAUACAUAAUAUAAAUGGAUUUAAAAUACAUUUGUAUAGCUAUGUAUCACGAUAUAUAUGUGCAUUUAUGUGUUGGGGUGAAGGCAUAUAUAUAAAUUACAAAUAAUAGAAUACAAUACAAUAUAAAUAAUAGAAUGGAGUUAA